ACUGCCCCCGCCCGACGCUCGCGGCUCCGCGGGUCCAUGGCCGAGGUGAGGGAGAGGAGCGGCGGUCCGUCACGGGGGGGAAGCUGAGCCCAGAGCUACAUAUACAGGUUAUCUUAUCAAAAUGUAUGGACAUAAAGCAAUCUGAAGGAAAUUCAAGACCACAGAAUUUACUGACUGAAGCACAUUAUACUGUUCAUAACAAGAAUAAGAGUAUUUGGAGAAAGACCUUUUUAUUCUGCAAAAUCGUGAUGGAAGCAGAGGAACACCAACAGCCACGGAAGACAGCCUUUUACUCAGAAUUACCUAAAGUGGAACUUCAUGCCCACCUGAAUGGAUCCAUUAGUUCUAAUACCAUGAAGAAAUUGAUAGCCAAGAAGCCAGGUCUUAAAAUCCACCAUCAGAUGACUAUGAUUGACAAGGGAAAGAAAAGAACUUUAGAAGAAUGUUUCCAGAUGUUUCAAAUUAUUCAUCAACUUACGACUAGCCCUGAAGAUAUUCUAAUGGUCACAAAAGAUGUCAUUAAAGAAUUUGCAGAUGAUGGUGUCAAGUACCUGGAACUAAGGAGCACACCUAGAAGAGAAAAUGCUACAGGAAUGACUAAAAAAGCUUAUGUGGAAUCUGUACUUGAGGGCAUAAAACAGUCCAAACAAGAAAACAUAGACAUUGAUGUUAGGUAUUUGAUAGCAAUCGACAGAAGAGGUGGCCCUUCAGUAGCCAAGGAGACCGUUAAACUUGCUGAAGAGUUCUUCCUCUCUACUGACAAUACAGUUAUCGGCCUUGACCUCAGUGGAGACCCUACUGUAGGACAGGCAAAAGACUUCCUGGAACCUCUUUUAGAAGCUAAAAAAGCAGGCCUGAAGUUGGCAUUGCAUCUUUCAGAGAUUCCAAACCAAAAAAAAGAAACACAAGUACUUCUGGAUCUGCUUCCUGACAGAAUUGGGCAUGGGACAUUUCUCAACUCCUCUGAGGGAGGAUCCCUGGAUCUGGUAGACUUUGUGAGGCAACACCAGAUACCACUGGAACUCUGUUUGACCUCAAACAUCAAAAGUCAGACAGUUCCAUCUUAUGACCAGCAUCAUUUCGGAUUCUGGUACAGCAUCGCCCAUCCAUCUGUGAUCUGUACUGAUGAUAAGGGUGUUUUUGCAACACACCUUUCUCAAGAGUACCAACUGGCAGCUGAAACAUUUAAUUUGAACCAGUCUCAGGUGUGGGAUCUGUCUUAUGAAUCCAUCGACUACAUCUUUGCUUCUGACAGAACCAGGUCUGAACUGAGGAGGAAGUGGAAUCAUCUGAAACCCAAAGUGUUACAUUUUUAAGCUGCACUGAGGUGAACUACUUUUGAGUAUGUGUUGCAACCAAGAUCUUCCUGCCAUAUCACACUUAGUAAACUGUCCAUCCCUCCCUCUGAAGCACUGCAGCCAGGUACCAGGGGCUCCAUCACCAGCACCUUAUUCAGGGCCGGUGCUCAGUAAAUGUUUUAAACUGACUGGCAGGCUCUGCGGUCUUACAGAGUUUACCUCCAUGCUGCUUACUGGAAGGGACUUGAAAGUGGCUGCUAACUAAACUCCCCAUUCCACCAGAGAUUUGACUUAACAGUCCCUCUCCAUUAGUGAUCAUAAAACUUCAGGAAAAUCAAAGGAGUUUCUAAUCGGGAAAAGUUUUGGAAUAACUAGCCUAAAGAUGAGAAGAGGGAAAACAAAUUGCCACCAAACCUUUAAGCCUUGUAACUUGUGACAGCAGCGCUCUGUAUUUUGUUUUGCUUGUUUUACUCAAACUCCCUUAAGUAUUCCCCAAAACUUGACUCCAGGCUAUACUGCAUACCAUGGAUUUUUGUGAAUACCCAGUAGUCAGGGUUAAUCUACUUUGGAAGACCCUAGUGACAGACAAAACUAGCUUCUGAGAUCUGGCUUUGCCCCUCUCAUGAUUAAUCCCCCUGGAAUCAAGGUGGUGGGUUUUUUUUAAAUGUUCCUACCUUACCCUUCUGUUAUUUUGAUCAUAAUGGAGCUAUACCAACCAGACACUUCUUGAGGUCUAAGGUACUUUAGGCUUCUAUUUCCUGCCUUUAAUCUGACUUCC